GGGGGUUCCAGCCGCCCAAGCGGGAGAUAGCUGGCAUUAACAGCCGGAACUUCCCGCGCCUGACGAAGUUGCUCAGGGUGGCCGGGCUCGACCUCCAGGCCAGCCUGCAGGACCGCGGCGGGGGCGAGUUCGCGCUCCUGCUGCGGAACGCCGGGCUGGCGCCCGGGGCGGUCUUCGUGCACUUCUCCGCGCCCGAGGUCACCCUGUUCGGCGGCCUGGACAAGGAGGACGGCCUGGCAGGCGUCUACCUCAAGAGGAGAUCCGACGUGAUCGCCAUCCGCGGCACUGCCAACGGCACCGUCUCCUACUGCGCCACGCGCGCCCACGGCGGGUGCCUCUGCGGGGGCGGCCUCGAGGACGUCCCGCGGCACGUCUUCGCCGCGGACGAGCCGUGCGCCGCGGCCCGCGGGGUGCUCGCCAGCAGGUUCGGCGGCCAGAUCAGGCGGGCACGGGGGCUGUCGCUGCACGCGUCCUUCCCCAGUGCCUUCGCGCUGUCCAGGCAAUCCUUGCGGGAGCACGCGGGGGAACACUUGACGUCGCCUGCCGCGAGUGCCUCGUACGGCGCGGCCCCGUCGGUAAAGACCAGCACACCUUGUCCCAAGUACUUCAGAACGAAGUCGUCGCACUCAUGCUGGCUAAGGGGGACGCCGCCGCCACCAGCCUCGGACGUCGCAAAGGGAAAUUGGAGUACGACCAUGGAGCUUCCAUCGCCGCGACGGAUCAGCUUGAUCCACAUAUUCCACUGCAGGCGGUACCCCGCGCACGGUGCCUCUGAGAGCUGGCAGUUCGGCGACCAGUUUACCCUCUCUGCAUUCGCGGCGGUCUCGUCGAUCUCAACCAUGAUGCCCCUGGAGAACUUGAUUCUGCUUUGCUCCUCGAUAUUCAGCCUGUUGGGCUUCGCGAAGUCUGGCCGCUUCAUGAAAGGCUUCGGCGGAGCGCUGCCGCCGCCCGCCGCGCGCUUUCUGGCCUCGCUCCCAGGGCGGGCGGCGGGCGGCGGGAUGGGGAGGCAGCCGGGGUGGGAGCCCGCCUCGGCGUGGCCUCAGGCCUGCGCGUCGGGUCACGGUCUCCGCGGCAGCCUCGGAGCGAAGCGGGGGCGGCGCGCGGGCGGCUGGGGCGGCGCCCGCCGCGGCAGCGGCGCCGCGGCCUCUGCGACGGCCGGCCGCUGCGAGGAGGGACACCAGAAGGGCGCGGCGGCGGGCACGCGCGCCGGGGGCCCUCUCUCGACCACCCGGCGCGGCGCGAUGGGCAAGUUCGCGACGGACCCGUCGCUGGCGAUGAAGAUGCACCAGUACCAGAUUGUCGGGCGCGCGGCGCCCACGCCGAAGAACCCGACGCCCAAGAUCUACCGCAUGAGGAUGUUCGCCAAGAACAAGGUCUUGGCCAAGUCCAGGUUUUGGUACUUCAUGAAGAAGCUGAACAAGGCCAAGAAGAGUGGAGGCGAGCUGCUGGCGGUGAACGAGCUGUUCGAUCGUGGGCCCACGAAGGUGAAGAAUUAUGGCGUGUGGCUGCGCUACGAGAGCCGCACUGACACCCACAACAUGUACAAGGAGUUCCGAGACAUCACCAUCAACGGGGCCAUCAGCCAGCUGUAUCAGGAGAUGGCUGGCCGCCACCGCGCGCAGGCGGGCUCGAUCCAGAUCAUCCACGCCACGGCGAUCCCCGCGAGCGCCUGCAGGAGAGACCACGUGACCGAGAUGCACGACUCGGGGCUCAAGUACCCGGUGAUCACGAAGCUGCCCCUUGUCGCCAAGAAGCUCCGCACCACCUUCAAGGCGAGCCGGCCUAUGACCUUCGUGCGCUGA